AAGCAGCAUAGUAGUUCUGACAUUACGUUUCAUUUCCUUGACAGAUAAUGCAAAGAUAUGCGAUAUUUUGAUAUUAACGCAUAAGUACAUACGAUUAAAAGUAUGCAAAUGUCGUGUGAUUUUAUUACGGUCCGCAUGAUGGACUGUUAAUGUCUCAGAAUCUGUCGAUUUUUGGCGGCUUCCGAGAGAAAUGGAUUUGUACAAAUCUUUUCUGAUAGAUUUCAUAGCAGGCGGUUUAUCCGCAACGAUUGCAAAGACAGCGGUUGCUCCUCUAGAAAGAGUGAAGUUGUUGCUGCAAGUACAGCAUACUUCGAAGCAGAUUAGACCUGAACAACGAUACAAGGGUAUGAUAGACGCGUUUGUACGUAUACCUCAGGAAACAGGAUUCCUUAGUUUCUACAGAGGCAAUCUUGCUAACGUUAUACGAUAUUUUCCGACUCAAGCGCUUAAUUUUGCAUUUAAAGAUAAAUUUAAGGCCUUCUUUCUGGGAGGAGUGCCGCCAGAUGCUUUCUGGCGACAGUUUGUUGGAAAUCUAGCUGCUGGCGGUGCUGCCGGUGCGACGUCGCUUUUAUUUGUGUAUCCGCUUGACCUUGCUCGCACCAGAUUAGCUGCUGAUGUCGGAAAAGGUGAGAAACGAGAAUUUAAAGGUAUAAACGACUGUAUAAUGAAGAUUUUUAAAUCGGACGGAUUUUUCGGACUUUAUCGUGGCUUCAACGUCAGCGUGCAAGGAAUCAUUAUAUAUCGUGCAACGUACUUCGGAUUUUAUGAUACUAUGAGGGGUAUGCUAUCCGACCCGAAGAGCACACCAUUGUACAUGAAUUUUAUAAUCGCCGAGAUAGUAACAACAUUGGCGGGCAUUGUGUCCUAUCCUUUCGAUACAGUUAGAAGACGAAUGAUGAUGCAAUCGGGACGAAGUAAGGCUGACAUAAUGUAUAAAAAUACACUCGAUUGUUGGAUAAAAAUAACAAAAAACGAAGGUACCGGAGCUUUCUUCAAAGGUGCAUUCUCCAACAUUCUUCGUGGCACCGGUGGUGCUCUCGUCUUAACGUUAUAUGAUACAAUUAAAGAUUCACUUGAGAAAGCAAUCUCAAAAGAUCAAAAACCUUAGAAAUUUAGUAAGUAUGCAGCAUUUUGU